GUAGAUCACCAAUGUGUUGCACGGUUAUAAUGUGAUUGGUGAAAUGUAGGCUGGUCCCAGAAUAUGUGCUCACUCUCCCGAAAAGCUUCUCUUUUAUUUUGGUACAAACAUUGAGCUUUUGGUGGUUGACAAGUGAGAGAAAGGAUAAACCUUUGAAGUCGGAUAUACAGAACGAGGAUGGUCUCGGGUGUCAUAUCAAGGCAAGUCAUGCCAGCAUGUGGGUCCCUUUGUUUCUUUUGCCCCGCAAUGAGGGCGAGGUCUAGGCAGCCCGUGAAAAGGUACAAGAAGUUAAUAUCAGACAUUUUCCCCAAGUCACAGGAAGAACCGAAUGACCGUAAGAUUGGGAAACUAUGUGAGUAUGCAGCCAAAAAUCCUUUGCGCAUCCCAAAGGCCACUGUUUUCAAAUAGUGUGCUGAGCAUUAUAAACACACUUCUUGAUCAAACUCAACAGGCGGACAUGCUAAUUGUGGGCUGCCAAUCAAUCUUUGAUUUUGUAAACAACCAGAAAGAUGGAACCUACAUGUUUAACUUUGAAGGUUUUAUUCCAAAACUCUGUCAACUGGCACAAGAAAUAGGUGAAAAUGACAGAGCAAAUCGUCUUCGGGCAGCUGCCUUGCAAGCAAUUUUUGCUUUGGUAAAGUUCAUGGGGGAGCAUUCACAUAUGUCUGUUGAAUUUGAUAACAUUGUUUCGGUAAUCUUGGAAAACUAUGGGAGGCUAAACAAGGAUUCUCAAGAUCCUGACCAGAACAGGUGCGCGGAAGGGGAGCAUAAAGUCGAGGGCCACACCCCAGCAGAAAACAUUACACAUGCGUCCUCUCGGAGCAUAUUAGAGAAUGACAAGGGCGAAAUGAACAUUUCACUGGAGGAAGCUAUGAACCCUUUCUUUUGGUCAAGGAUGAGCCUAUAUGCCAUGGCAAAAUUAGGCAAUGAGGCUACAACAAUGCGACGUGUUCUUGAAUCUUUGUUCCGUUACUUCGAUAAUGAGAAUUCAUGGCCUCUGGAACAGGGUGUUGCUUUUCCUGUUUUGAAGGACAUGCAACACAUAAUGGAUGAAUCAGGAGAGAAUGUACACUUCCUGCUUUCAAUAUUGGUCAAACAUCUUGAUCAUAAAAAUGUUGUUAGGCAACCUGAAAUGCAGCUAGAUAUUGUAAAGGCUGUGACCGCCCUUGCUCAACACACAAAGGUGGAUCACUCAGUGGCAUUAAUUAGUUCGAUAAGUGAUGUCAUGAGGCAUCUACGUAAAAGCAUGCAUAAUUCUCUUGAGGAUUCACAUUUGGGAGCUGACAUUAUAAAAUGGAACAUAAAUUUCCAAGAAGCAGUGGAUCAGUGCCUUGUUGAGCUAUGUAAUAAGAUAGGCGAUGCAGGCCCAAUCCUUGAUGUCAUGGCCGUGAUGUUGGAGAAUAUAUCAAGUGUGACAUUAGUAGCUAGAACUGUGAUAACUGUUGUUUAUCGCACUGCUCAAAUUAUAGCUCCUCUGCCCAAUUUGUCUUGUCAGAAAAAGGCAUUUCCUGAGGCUUUGUUUCAUCAGUUGAUACCAGCAAUGGUUCAUCCUGAUCACGAAACACGUAUCGGAGCUCACCGAAUCUUCUCUGUUGUACUUGUUCCUUCUUCUGUUUGCCCUGAAAAAGAAGACUUGGAUGAUCCUAGAAUGCAGAAAGGUGUUGGACUUCCAAGAACACUAUCAAGAACUGUUUCUGUUUUUUCAUCUUCAGCUGCACUUUUCGAGAAGCUCAGGAAUCAGAUAUUUCCCAUUGAGAAACUCAAUCCUGAGAAUCCGGAGGAUGAGGAGAACCAUACUAGUGGGAUGCUGGACAGAAUCAGGUCAACAUAUAACCGAGUAUAUAGCAUGAAAGGUGGUUCGCCUGGAGGCUCUACAGACAAGCCAAGUAAAAGUUUGGAUGUUGUUUCUCUGAAGCUGACUUACCACCAGAUCAGAAUCCUACUCUCUUCAAUUUGGGUUCAGUCAACUUCCCCUGCGAAUGUGCCUUCAAACUAUGAAGCUAUUGCUCACACGUAUAGUUUGGUUUUACUUUUCUCCAGAGCAAAGAACUCUUACCGGGAAGUUAUGGUACGAAGUUUUCAGCUUGCAUUUUCAUUACAAAAAGUUUCGCUUGCUAAAGGAGGGGCACUGCCACCAGCACGUAAACGGUCCCUAUUUGUCUUGGCAACAUGUAUGAUCAUUUUUGCUGCGAAGGCUUACGAUAUUCCUUCUCUAGCUCCACUAAUCAAAGAUACAAUUGGAGAUAAUAAGGUUGAUCCUUAUUUACAUUUGGUUGAUGAUAGCAAGUUACAAGCAGUUGAAACAGGAUAUGGAUCCAAAGAAGAUGAUGAGUCAGCUUUAAUGUGUCUUUCGCAUCUUGAAAGAAGAAAAGCCCAUUCUAGAGCCUCUUUGGUUUCUAUAAUAAUGGAGAGUUUAGAUAAUAAUAAUAAUAGUAUGACAAAUGCUGAAGUGUCUAACAUAAGGGAAGCGUUGCUAAAAGAAUUUUCGCCUGAAGAAGUGAGUUUGGUUGGGGCCCAGUUGUUUAAGGAUUCCAAGCUGAAAUGUGAGCGGGUGCGAUCAAAUGGAAACAACUCUAUGGAGGCCGCCCCAAUUUUCCCAAUAGUAGAUGAUGAUGCUCUGAGUCCAGUUGAAGGUGUUUCCGAGCAAAGCUCACAGCAGUUGGCAAAAGAAGCAGCUCCUAGUCUGCUUAACGUUGAUCAACUUCUAGAAUCCGCCAUGGACAGUGCUGCGCGAGUAGGGAAACCUGCUGUUGGGACAUCACCUUGUUUCUCAUUCAACGAGUUGGCAAAUCAGUGCGAGGCACAUCAAGUUGGAAAGAAUGAGAAGAUGCUAACUCUGCUGAUCUUCCGGCAAAGACAAGAAAGUUCAAUAAGCCAUGCUUCAGAACAAGGCGAGGAAGGGAACAAAAAAGAAGUUUCAGAGAGCCUGCAGGUUACAAACACAAUCCUGGCUCAGAAUCUGUCCAUAGUUCCAGGCAUUCCCAUGCACUGUGGCACUGAAUGCCAACAUCCCGACUCCUUAAGGCUUCCUGCUUUGAGCCCGUUCGACAAUUUUCUGAAAGCAGCUGGCUGCUGAUACAUGUACAGAAGAAAAAUAAAAACUGAUGUGUUAUUGAGAAACGGUCUGCGGCGUCAAGACUGAGUUUUGUCCAAAGGCAGCAAUGGAGAAAAAUGAGGCAUAUCAUGUUGCAGAU